AGAAAACCGAUGAGAUUUCUGGCCACAGGCACCGCCAACGUGAUCCCCAUUCUUAAAUGCAUUCUUUUGCAGGCCCCUCUCUCUCUCUCUCACACACACACACUUUCUCUCUCUCUCUCACACACACACACACAAACACACUUUUCCCUAAUUCCAAUUCAACACUUAAAUAUUAAUUUCAGCCGUUUCAUUUUCACCUUUAAAUAUCAACCCUACAUCUCAUCCAAUCUCUCUCAUCGUCUUCAUCCGUCUUUCACUUCUGUAUCUAUUUCAAUUUCACUAGUCGUCCGGUUGCCGGAGGCUGUGCUGCCAGAUCUGCUUCACUUCACUUCUAUCAGGUCCGAUUUAAUCAGAAAAUCAGGAAAAUGAACCACUGCGGAGUCCACCAGAAGAACACCUUUGGAUCAUCUCAGGAAGAGAGGAGGAGAUCUGUUUUGGUGUCUGGAUCGUUUGAUAACGUUGAACCCAUGGUUUGUCCGAAACCGAGGCGACUCAGUCUCUUUAGCGCCACCAUGAACGAGCCUGUGAGGUCUCUGAGAUGGCAGAUGUCUGAAGUUUACGAGUCGAAAGCCGGCUCGGAGCUUCAGGACAUCUUCUUUGCAAAGGGUGGUGGUUAUAGUCCAUUAGACCAAAUCUGUACAAAUGUAGCCUCGUCGCCCCCGUUUUUCAGUGGGUCACCGCCGAGUAGAGUUUCUAACCCGUUAACACAAGACGCUCGUUUUGGGGAUGAAAAGAUAUCCCCAUUGUCACCGCGUUCCAUGGUUCCCAAUCCUGCAUCAUCCGGUUUACAGUCGUCUCCAAUGAAAGGAGGAUGUAACCGUUCGAGUUUUGGCAACAAACCGGCUGUGAGGAUUGAGGGGUUUGAUUGCCUUGACAGGGACAAUAGGCGCAACUGCAGCAUCGCUACCCUGGCUUGAAUCAAACCCUUGGUUCCAAACAUUGUUCAUCAAGUACAUAACAAAUCAUUCUAGUAACAUCAGUAAUCAGUUUAUGAAUUUUGAAGAGAUAAUACAGAGAGAUAAACCCAGCAUCUAGUGGGUUAAAUCUAGUGUAAAAAGGAGUCUUUUAGUAUGUAAAGAUCAAGAGGGGAUUUUCAUGUUUUUUGAGUCAUUUUGUGAGAUAGGGGGUUGCAACUUUAUGAAGAGAAAUGUGUAUAAAGUGUAAGGUUGCAAAUCUGAGUUGGGUCUUUUCUUUUUGUAGUCUAUAAAUAUGUAAAUGAGUAUCUUCUAGGAGUAAUAUAUAUAUAUAUAUAUCUCAAUCUUGUCUUUUUGACUA